ACUAACUCUACUUAAGGGUAGGCUAAAGGUGUUCGUCUUACCGUAUUUUUUUGCCUCUCCUAAGGGAGAAAGCCAGAACAAACGGGAAACAGAAACAAACGCCGAAACUCCACCUCUAAUCUACCAGCUGGUGGCGCAGAGCAGGCGACCAAUUAUGCCGGUGGGGCUGUUCCGCCGCCAUUUCCAGCACUAAUUGCUCCGUCUCUAGGGAGUACAACAGACGUUGUAGGUGUAGCUCCUUCAGGAGCAAGAGAAGAUGAAUGCCAGAAAAUAGACGAGCAACGCAGAGUGAUCACGAAUCUCCUACUGGAACUGGAUUCCGCC